AGCGCAGCGACCAGGGGCGAAGGCGGGCUGCAGAAGGCGGGCGAUGGCGGGCCGGCGCGGGGCUCUCAUCGUGCUGGAAGGCUUAGAUCGCGCCGGGAAGAGCACGCAGAGUGGCAAGCUGGUGGAAGCGCUGUGCGCAGAUGGCCACCGCGCGGAGCUGCUGCACUUCCCGGAAAGAUCAACUGAAAUUGGCAAACUCCUAAAUUCUUACUUGAAAAAGAAGAGCGAAGUGGAGGAUCAUGCCGUGCACCUGCUUUUCUCUGCGAACCGCUGGGAACAAGUGCCAUUAAUGAAGGAGAAGCUAAGUCAGGGUGUCACACUCGUCGUGGACAGAUACGCGUUUUCUGGCGUUGCCUUCACCAGUGCCAAAGAGCACUUCUGCCUGCACUGGUGCAAGCAGCCCGACAUGGGCCUCCCCAAACCAGACCUGGUAGUGUUCCUUCACCUGCAGUCGGAGGAGGCUGUGAAGCGGGGUGAGUUCGGCAGCGAACGCUAUGAGAACAGGGAUUUCCAGGAGCGGGUGCUGCAACGCUUCCACCAGCUAAUGGGGGACGGGACCUUGAACUGGAAGAUGGUCGACGCCUCCAGAAGCAUUGAAGACGUUCACAAGGAGAUCCACAAGCUGUCUGAGGAAGCCAUCCAGGCUUCUGCACAGAAGCCACUGGAGGAGCUGUGGGCGUAAACGUGGAGGGACUGUCCCCUCUCGUGUCCUGUAAGACGGGAGCCAUGUCGAAGUCUGAACGUGGGGACCGAGUGCUCGCACUGCGCAACAUGGUGGGUGGUGACCGGCCGACGACGAGCAGAGCUGUCAGCCUCGUGGUCUGUCACGCCAGCCUCGUGGUCUGUCACGCCAGCCUCGUGGUCUGUCACGCCAGCCUCCUCUGUCCUCAUCGUGGGGAUGCUGAUGAAUGAGGCGCUUUUCACCGAAGUUCAGCAACAACCACAUCCAAACAUCAUUGAAGAGGAGGCAGUUUGAGAUGUUUCUUACAGACAAAUAAAAAUUACGAAGUGCUUGUGGAA